AAGUCCAACGGGCUUAAAAACGAAAUAUCGACGGUAACAAUGCCCGUCGUCCAAAUUAGCUGCUCAGGACAUAACCCCCAAAAGGCGCUCGUGUCCAUCGACAGAUAUCCAUCGCUCGCUUCCUUUUUACAAACUCUUCCAGCUCGCUUCAAUGUCAAGCCGCAUCCGAGAGCAAGUCUUACCUACGUCGAGAAUGGCCAGCCAUACGAUAUUACCGACGACGAAGGCUGGAUGAUCGCAUUAGGCGAGAUGGAAACGCAACCCAAGCCAACGCUGGUUUGGACACUUCCUGUAUCUGGGACGAAGCGGGAGCGGGAAUUGCAGGAUGCGGAUCGGGAAGGAAUGGAUGUACUGAGUCAACUCUUGGCAUCACCAGCGGCAACAGCCGCAGCUGCAGCUGCUGCAAGUCCCAGCGGUACCUCCGAGGUCCCUGUGCCACCAAAACGUCGGAGAAGGUCAAGCAAAAACCCAAACAUUGACGGCUCACCCGCAGCUCCCGCACAUGUAAAGCGUCAGCAACAACAAACAGAGCUGUACCGACGAAUUUCAAAGGAACAGGGCCACGCAGCAGCAUUCGACGCUCUUGAUAAAGCCUGGCAAGAGCGUUUCUACGCUUUGGCGGAUAUAGUCCAAGAUAUUUUUGGCUCCCGUCAUUACCUCCUCAACCCUCUCGAAGUCGCCUGCCCCCUCUGCCUCGCCAGCAUCAAACUCUCCCAGAUAUGUGAGAGAAGAAUGGGAAACCUCAUGCACGCGCAGCACCAUCUGCGUAAAGUGCAUUACGAUAGUCCUAUACCAGUUGUUCAAAAUACCGCACGGGCUUUGGUACAGAGAUGGGAAGAGAGAUUUGGAAAUGCAAAAAUGUGUGUGACGCCACUCACAGAAGAGAUGAAGCGUUGUUUGCGGGAUAUCAAUGGAGGUCGAGAUGUGCCACUUCAACCGCAACAGCAUGUGACGUCGCAGGAAGCGGGUCAUCCGCAGUUGGUGGGGCCACCGCAGGUGGUUGGAAUGAGUUUGGCACACCCGCCGGAUGCUCAUCCCGCCGCGACCUUGGGGCAUCAGGCUGGAGCCCAAGGGGUGUUGAGCAUGGCCCCGCAGGGCAUGCAACACGUAGCCCAUGUAAUGAUGUCCAGUCGGUAGCUUUUUCGAAGCGAUCGUUUCCACUGUAGAUUUUUUGACUUCGAUUGUAGUAAUAUCUUUUAUGUGAACAUAUAUUUCUCGUGUGCAAUUCUAAAGUGUCAAAUAAUGACAAAUUCCAAAAAGUGGAAACAUAAAAACCACUGGUUGAAACUAUUCUA